AUGGGUCUCGUUGAGAUCGAGCAGUCUAUCGCUGAUCUCGGCAAGAAGGCCCGCGAUAACAAGCUGACCAUCGAGGACAUGGCCGGCGGUACCUUCACCAUCAGCAACGGUGGCGUCUUUGGCUCGCUCAUGGGCACUCCCAUCAUCAACCUUCCCCAGACCGGUGUCCUCGGCCUGCACGCCAUCAAGGACAAGCCCGUCGUCGUCAACGGCAAGAUCGAAAUCAGACCCAUGAUGUAUCUCGCCCUUACCUAUGACCACAGACUUCUCGACGGCCGGGAAGCAGUCACUUUCCUCGUCAAGGUCAAGGAGUACAUCGAAGACCCUCGCCGCAUGCUCCUCUGCUAG